AUGGUAAAAAUAGUGAGAAAACAGAAACAGAACUCAAACAUGAUAAUCUUUCAAAAUAUUCAACAUUUUUGGAAUAUUAUUGCUGAUAUUUGUGCAAUUAAUUUCCGUCGUGUUCUUGCUGAAGGCAAAUAUGACAUGGAAAAUCUUCGGAAAAUGUGGAACGAUGGGAACAUGACGCAAUUACAUGACUCGUUGAUCUACCGGCCUACUUGCAGUUUACGAUGGUACAACGAUGACGAAAAACCGAACAAAAAACAAAAUUAUGAUGUAAUGACUAAUGUUUGGCAUUGCUUUUCAUGACGAAAUUCUUGUAUUGUUACACUAGGUCGUUGGGAUGAACACAAAUCAUUGAUUUAUAAUUUUUGUUACAAUUUUUUAUUCAAUUUUCAAUAUUUUCAAUAAAAUUUUCAUCAACAUAAUUUCUCGGUACUAUGUUUGGU